UCCAUCCUGCAUGUGUGUUUCGCUGUAAAAUCGACGUGAGUAUAAUAUUUGUGUUAAAUCUAUCUAUAUUUAUUCUUACUGCAUAGAUUCAUGAGUAAAUUUAUAUCAGUUCGUCGUGUUUUUUGCGGAGUUUCUUCAGAAAUGGCGCUCACAGAUUCCAGUCGCUAGUUAGUAAAGUUCACGACGUUUUUUGUGUUUAUUUUGUGGAAGUUUCCAGACGUAGGAGGUCAUGUUCUGCCCAUACUGAGGAGCUGUGGAUUAGUGCCAGGGCUGUCUGCCAUUGUUCUGGGGUGAUUUCCCCUCCUAGAUCAUCCUGCCAGGCUGGUCUCAGAUGAUCCAUAGUAUCUUCCAGUGAAUCCUCAUGGAGGGUUUGGAGGAGAGGCUGGGGGCUCUGUCCAUUGCCCGGCGGUCCUGUCCUGAUGAGCCCACCUACCUGUUGGACAUGUCCCUGCAGACAUCCGGUCUUCUGGCCGUGUCCUGCUCCAACUUCAACGUCCACCUGCACAACAAGGACACGCUAAGACUUCUGGGAGAGUACCGAGGCCACAGUGGGCCGCUCUGUGGGGUCACCUUUGCCCAUAAGACCCCCGACCUCCUGUACUCUGGCUCCGCCGAUGGGACAGUCCGGGCCUGGGACGUCCGGCGGCCUGGAUCGGAGGCGGUCCACACAUUCAAGAGUGAUCCAGUUCACAUUUUCUGCAGCUUCGACGUAAACUGCAGCGACGUUCUGCUCUGCGCCGGCACCGAGCAGGUGGAUGACGAGGACAGCUACCUGGUUUUCUGGGACGUCAGGAAACCAGGCAGCGGGAUUCUGGGAGUGUACACAGAGUCGCACAGUGAUGAUGUCACACAGGUCCGGUUCCAUCCUCUGGAUAAAGACCGCCUGGCCUCGGGCUCCACUGACGGUCUGGUCAAUGUGUUUGAUGUGAGUCAGGGGGCGGAGGAGGAGGCGCUGCUCGCCACCUGUAACAGCGACUCUUCGGCAGGCGGGGUCUGCUGGUCCGGACCGGGCUACACCCAGCUGCUGUGUCUGAGCCACGACGAGGGGCUGCACCUGUGGGACCUGAACCGCCUGGAUACCGACGAGCCGCUCACUGUCUUCAGCACCACUGACGCUCGCAGCCUGACGCCGCUCGCUGACGGGGGCAGCGUGGAUUACCUGGUGGGGGGUCAGUGGCUGGAGGAUGUCCAGAAGCUACUGGUGGUCGGGGGGAGGAGCAACGGGGAGCUCCACCUCCUGCAGUGCGACGACGGGGGGCUUCGGCUGCUCAGGAGUCUGGAGGGAGGACACGCCUCCACGGUGCGCUGCUUCGCCUGGGACGCCACCGGGGAGGGGCUGAUCACCGGGGGGGAGGACGCUCAGCUGCUGCUAUGGAAACCAGGAGGGGAGGAGAUCACAAUGGGUAAAAAGGCGUCGAUGAAGAGCGAAUCAGCGUUAAGACUCAAAUCCAGACCACAUAAGAAACAUGGAUACCAGAGAGACAAGACGACGACUCAACAGACUGAUAAACUAAAAACGAAAAUGAAAACAGAUAAAAUAUAGUUUCAUAUAGACAUUUUUUCUCUGUAACUAAAAAAAACUGUACAGUAUACCAGUAUUGAUUUUUGCCUUCAAUACUGGUUCAUAAAUUAUUCUUUUUUCAAUACAAAUUUCCCAUUUGACCAAAAACAGUUUUACAUUACAAAUUAUAGUCCAGUUAUUCAGUCUUGUUUUCAGUUAAAUUGCAUAUUUAUUUACUCAGAGUAGUUUUGUAUCUUAAAAUAUAAGUCUAUUAUCACAACUGUUACUGUAAGAGCCAUAAUAUGAUGAUGAUAAUAAUAAUAAUAAUAAUAAAAGCUGGGUGUGCAUCCUGGUCAGCUUUGUUCACAGCAAAAGGAAAAAUUGAAACAAAUAUUAUGACAUUCAUGUUAAUAUGACAUGUUCAGUGUCAGUCCUAGUUUAACCUCCAUAUUAGUAUAAUGGCUCAAAAUGUAAAAUUUAAAUCAUGAAAAGAACUGAGGACUUCGCAGAUUUACAUGAGGGCAGUGAACGCCUCACAGUUACGUUGAGAUUAUUUCAGACACUUUUAGCUAAAAAUACAUUGUGUUUUAAAAAAUGGUGAAACUAUAAGUGA